CCAAUCAAAUUCCUCGUACUAUUCUGGGUGUAUUUCUCGAUAACUUAUUUUGUUUUGUUCGACUGGAUAGUCGGAUUUGAUGUAAAACAACGCAUUUCAUUGUAUAAAUACCCGUAAAAAAUUCAUUGUCUCUGAAAGGAAUCAGAAAAAAUUGCAAUUCAAUGUGCUAGGAAUUUCUCCAUAUUUUUAACGAUCCAACGUACAAUGUUGAUAUGACGUAACUGACCCACAAUUCCGUUCGGUUCUCAUUUGAGGAUACCGUCUCGAGAGAAGCUGAGUUCGGAGUGUUUUCAUAUUGUGCGUUAAUUUUUGGAGUUAAAAAGGCAGCAUAUAACCGCGGACUUUAACCUAGUAACAUUAUCUGUGUUCCACCAUUUCAAAGACGAGGAGUGAUUCCAAUGGCUGAUUUUCGGGACGGUCGAUCGAAAAGACACUGGAAUGAAGAUUACCAUUGCACUUUUCAGUAUUGAGCAGCAUGCUUUCACAGAAAGUUAUUUCCAAAAGAAGAAGCAAAUCAAGAUUGUCUGAUGGGACAAGGGCCUCCUCUGAUAACUCAACAAUAGUCAAACAGGAAUCUGCAGACUCCAUCAGCCAAACUACACCAGAUGCUUCUGAAAAUGAGGAACGGGGUGCACUGCAAGCAGAGACCAAAAGACUUGCCUUAGAACAGCUGCAGAAAGCAAAGAGCAAGCCUGUGGCAUUUGCAGUGCGUACCAAUGUAGGCUUUAACGGGACAGCUGAUGGUGGGGACUGCCCCGCCCCAGGUCAUUGUGUCUCAUUCGAUAUGAAAAAUUUUCUGCACAUUAAGGAGAAAUUCAACAAUGACUGGUGGAUUGGGCGCUUGGUUAAAGAUGGUUGUGAUGACUGUUUUAUUCCUAGUCCUGCAAAACUGGAAAAUCUCAAGUCGCUAUCAGGCCCCAAAAGUAAAAUGUAUGUAAGAAGAAAUGAUUCUAGUACUACCAUGGAAGGUAUGCUGGGGCAGGGAACAGGUAUGAACUCCUCCCGAGAAUCCACCCCGCCCACGCCAGGAAUGAACGAGGAAAAUGGAGCAGACAGCACUCUGGGCGAGGACAGUGAUAGCGCGAAAGCCUACAAAGCGGGCGGCAUCAUACCUCCAACCAAAGAGAAGAAAAAACCUUUCUUCAAAAAAUCUGAGUCAGUGCCACCUUAUGAAGUAGUGCCUUCCAUGCGACCUGUUGUUCUAAUCGGUCCAUCACUGAAGGGUUAUGAAGUGACAGACAUGAUGCAAAAAGCUCUUUUUGAUUUCCUCAAACAUAAGUUUGAAGGGAGGAUUAUCAUCACGAGAGUGACUGCAGACAUCUCAUUAGCUAAACGUUCUAUAAUUAACAAUCCCAGUAAACGAGUCUUGUUGGAUAAACAAAGUCGAUCCUGUGGAAUAGGGGAAGUGCAGAAUGAAAUCGAGAGAAUUUUUGACUUGGCCAGGUCUAUGCAGUUGGUAGUUUUAGAUUGUGACACCAUAAACCACCCCUCACAAUUAGCAAAAACUUCGUUAGCUCCAAUUGUUGUUUAUGUCAAAAUUGCUUCACCAAAGGUAUUACAGCGAUUAAUCAAAUCUAGAGGAAAAUCCCAGAGUCGAAAUAUGAACGUACAGUUAGUGGCUGCUGACAAACUCAACCAGUGUAGUCCUGAAAUGUUUGAUGUAAUUCUAGAUGAAAAUCAGUUAGAAGAUGCCUGUGAACAUUUGUCAGAAUUCUUAGAAGCCUACUGGAAAGCCACCCAUCCAGUAGACACUACUCUGCAAACAAAAUUGAUGCCUUCACCGAAUCCCAUAAGCAGGCAUAAUACAGUGCCCCCUGGUGUUGGACAUCAUGGGCACGGGCACCAUGGACACGGUCAUGGUGUUCAUAGUUCAUUUCGUGAACAUCGCAAACACGAUGAUCAUGAACACCAUAUACGUGGUAGUGUUAGAGACUUAAGUCCUUCCCGUGAAAAACUCCACGAUCGAGACUUGAGAUCGGGACAUUAUGAUCGCAGUGAAUACAAUCGGAUGUCACCAAGAGAAUACGACCGUAGAGACCAUAGUAGUGAAAUGCACGACCCACGACGUGACCGGUACUCCAACAGGAGGGAGCAUGAACAUUUUGAUACUAGAGAACCGUACGGUUCACCAACAAGGAAUUCAAAAUUCCCCAUGAAACAACAGUCUAUAGAUAUAUAAAUUACAGAACAGGGGAGAACCUUCCAGGGAUUCGCAAUUAGUGCAGUCAUCAUGAAAUCUAAGGUGUUUUUGACCUGUAUUUUGUUAUGAAGGUCAUGUGCCAUUGAUGACCUUGAACCAUGUUGUAGAUAUAAAAAUAACUAUCUACUAUGGAAAGUUGCAGAUUAUUUCUUGAAGCAUAUUUGUCAUCAUGUGUUUAAAUGCUGUGUGAAAGCCUUCCUUUGUUACAAAAUGCAAGAUGCGUGUCAAGUCUAGGUUUUUCUAAACUCCUAUACUAUAAAUAUUUCUUGCAGAAAUAUUGUAGGUAGAACUGCAUGAAUUAUCAGAUUUACUGUAUAACCUGAUGAUUAGUUUGAUUGAGUUCUUCCUUAUACAGUCUGUUAGAUAUAUUUUUUAAUGUCGGAUGUGAAUGUUUGUUCUUGAUUAAUGCAUUCAUUUUUCUUACAGGAGGCAAUAGACUCUGUUACUGACUCCAGAAUGUUAAAAUCACCCAGCUAUGACUAUAUUUGUUUCCUCCUGAUUUCUAGUUCAUGUCCUCAGAUUUUGCUGGCAAAAUUAUGUUUGUGUCAUGGUUAUUAAAUGCUUAUAAAAUCUCAUCAAGAUUCUAUAGUAGUGCUUUAUAGUGUUCAGUGCAAUAAUAUGCUAGUUUUUUCAAUGAAACUGUAAAAGGCAUAUAAGAUAUUUGUUAGUGCAAUUUAUGAUGACUGUCAAAGAACUAUAUUCGAUACUAUAUCUGCCCCUAUAAAAUAUCAGAAAAUUAAAAUGAUUUGAAUGUCUACCUAACAUACUGCGAAAAAUAUGAAUCCAAUGCCUGCCAAAAAUAUAUUGGUGUCAAUAACCUGCAUUGCUUUUGAUCAUUUCUUUGAGGUCAUGUAAAUACCAUUUUGUCUAAAAUGCAGUCAAAAGUUCCAAAUAUUAUCCUUAUUUUGCUAAAGAAAUUGUGGAACGCAAGUAAAAUCGUACACAACUCUCACAUAUUUUAUUUAUAGUUAUUUUACUGGUUAUUUCUUGAAAUGGUGUCUGAUCUUGUACAGUUGUAUGUGCUUUGUCUACCUACUCCUUUUAAAAAAAAACUUUAAAUUGUAACCAAGAUGAAAUAAGGCCAUUUUCAUGGUGUCAUAACUGAUUGACUCGCUACAAAAAAGGAUUUUAUUACUGUUUUGAAACAAACUGAUAUUCCUUAGUUUUAUAAAAAUCAGAUAUACUUCUAUUUCAAAAUGUAAUUUAAGGGGCAGAAAAUAGUCACUAUCGCACUUAGUUCUUUGUUAUUAUUGUUUUGGUUUUGUAUUGGUACUUGUGAUUUUUACGUCCUAUACCUAUGGCUGGCCAUAGUAAUUUUUUUUUAUAUAUAUAAGAUUUGUCGUAGUGUAUUUAUUUGCCUUUUGUUUGCAUUCUACAAGCAGUUUAAUCUACGCACAUUCAUGAGUUGGAGAGUUAUUUCCCUUCCACUGAAGAGUAUAACAGAAUCUCAUCUAUUUAUAAUCUAUACAUUUGUAUAGCUAACAAUGUGUUUAUUGUGACAUUUGUUUUUACCCUUUUUUACUAGUUUUGCAUCAUGAAGGUUUUUAUAUACACAUAAAGCAACAUACUUUGAGGGAAUUUUGCAUUCAAUGAAUGGAGUGUAUAGCCAAUAGUCUAUGAGUAAAUACACAAGAAUAGGUUCCACAAAACCUUUACUUACAGGUAAUUCACACAGCUGAUGGAUUAUGUAAAGCCUAUGGUGUUUUCGUCUGUUGUUGGCAUAUCUCUAAUUCUGUACUAAGAAUCAGUAGACUUUUUCAGUAGGUGGGGAGAAAGUCUGGUGGCUCAAGACUAGGUCACGAUGAUCUCAUUUUUAAAGUAAAGAGACUUAGUAUUAACAAUUCUUAUCUCUGAAAAGACACCAGAUGCUCUUUGUAAAGGUCGUGAUAGUUUGAAGUAGCAUAGCUUGCUGGUAGAGGAUUUUUCUUCUGUCAUUGUGAAGCAUUGCAGAGAGAGAUCAUUUCGUUACCUGGAAUGCAUUUUAUGCAAGUACAGCUGUACAUUAAUCUGUAUUUCAUGUUUGAUUUCCUUUCAAAUAACAUUUUAAACUUUUUAAAGAAUAGAAAAAUGAAACUGAUAUACAAGGAAAUAAAGUGAUAUAAUGAAUUGUCAGACAUGAUCUAUAAGUGAAUUACCCGUAGUAAUAACUUACAAACAAUGCACAGUGUAAGCUACAAAAAUCACCUGUUUAAACACAUUACCGUGGGUUUAUAGGAAUACUUCAUUCAGUACUGUUAUCAUAGUAUUGUGCAUGUCAUUAAGUCCCAUCAACAGUACAAUUAUAAUGUUCGGCUCUUAAUGGUCAAGUUGUGGAAGUCUGUCAACAGAAUCGCAGAUUUAGUAGAGCUAUGUGCUGCAAGCUUCCAAUAUACUUUUCCUGGUGGGCAUCUCAUAUGACUCAAGGAUAUACUAUUUUCCUGAUGGGCAUGUCAUGUGACUUAAGGACAUACUUUAUUGUAGUUCUCCUGAUGGGCAUGCCAUGGUAAUUUAAGGAUAUACUUUAUUGCAUAAUACUGUACCCCUCUGAAUUUAAUGUUUUGCAAGUUAACAUAAGGACACAAGGAAAUCUUGUGCAUGUUGCAAAUUUUAUUACAGGAAUAUUGUGUGCAUAAUAUUUUGAUGAUAAUUAUAGCUAGUUUAUUUUUGACAGAGAUGUAGAAUAUAAAUUGCAUGGAUAUCAAAAACUCUAAUACUGAACAGGAAGAACAUGUAGCUGGAAAUAGUGGAGGUGGGUUGUUUUUUUUGUGGGGGGGGGGGGGGGGGGUUCAUUGUUUAUAUUUUGUAGGUUACCUCAUUAGUUAAGAAAAAGUCUUUCAAGAAAUUUCUUGGAUGUUCAUUGAAACAUUCAAUAUUUUCCCCUUCUCCCCAUCACAAUACCCUGCCUAGUUGUUCAUUUCUUUGUAUUGAUUUGAUAUGUCCUUUUCUUGAUCAUAGUUUACUUACAGUUAUCACAUGUUGUCACUUGUAUAAUGUUAUAAGUAUUCUCACUUGUAUCGAGGUAGGUGUUACCCCAGAUAUUCACAACUUCUAUACAUCUGUUUGUUUUUCUGUGAUGCUUGCUCAGUUUGACAAGUGCAAUGUUGAGAGAUGCACCUAUUUGGGGUUUAUUUUUUUGGUUGGUUCAUUUUUUCGGGUACAAAUGUGUGUAAGUUGUGAAUAAACCACAAACACUUUUAUACAACCAUUUCAUAUUAAACAAGAUUUUUUUUCUUCUUCAGAAGUUGUGAUUUAUACGAUUGUAUGGGAUGUGACUGUUAUGCAUGGAACACUAUGUUACUCUACAUAAAGUAAAAGUUUGUUGACAGGAUACUCCACACUUAAUAUACUUCAUCUAUAUCUCCAUUUUGUUAAUGGUGUGGGAAUUGUUGCACUACCCUUUAAAAAUUCUGUAUAUUAUUCAGUACGUCAAUUUUAUUAAAUAUUUCCAAGUUUGUUGGAUUUGUAAAUAAAACGGAUUUUUAUCUUGGA